GAAAUCAGCCCAAACAACCGCGCCUUCUGCAAGGCUACCGAUUGCGUUGGCAAGGUCAAGAUCCAGAAGGGCGAGUUCCGCCAGGCUACUAUGGUCACCAUCAAAGAGCACCAGAGUUGGGCCUACCGUCACUGGGGCUGCGUCACUCCCAAGAUCCUCGAAAACAUGAAGGCCGAGUGCGGCAUGGACAUGGACUAUGUCGAUGGCUACGAAGAACUUUCUCAGGAUCUCCAGGAAAAGGUCUACCGUGCUCUGGACCAAGGCACUGUCGACAUGGAAGACUGGAAGGGUGAUCCUGCCUACAAUGUUCCUGGAAAGAGCGGCACUGGUCCCAGAAAAUCAAAGAAGAAGAAGGCAGAAGAAGAGGUCACUACAUCUCGAGUUUUGUUCGUACUCACUCGUUACUGA